GAGAAAAAAUACCAAACAAACAUCAGAUUAUAGCGUGCUUUUGUUUCUGUUUUUCGUAAAUUCUGAGUACAUUUUUAUCUAUUUUUAUCUGAUCCCACGAAAUCGAGUGAUUAUCUUGUAUUUUCUAGUGAAUGAGUUGGUGGGAUCGAGUGUUUUUGAUGAGAUAUGUUUCAGGUACAAAUCAUUUCCAUUUUUAUAUAUUGAAUUAUUGUCAUAAUAGUGACCAUAUUAAUGUAGGAUUGAUUUUAAGGAUUUUGAAACUCCAUCCCACCCGCAUAAUUAUGGAGCCUCUUUGUGAGUUUUGUGAGAUGGCGACGGCGGUGAUAUACUGUAAAACGGAUUCGGCCCGGCUUUGUUUGCAGUGUGACGGUCGUGUGCAUUUUGAAAACUCAUUGUCCCAGCGGCAUCCGCGAUCUCUCAUUUGUGACAAGUGCCAUUCUCAGCCGGCCGUGGUUAGGUGCAUGGAUUGUAAAUUGUCGCUUUGUUCGGGUUGUGAUUGGAAUGGUAAUGGUUGUUUGGGGCCGGACCACAGGAGGUUGAAAUUGAAUUUCUACUGUGGAUGUCCUUCGCUGGCCGAGUUCUGUAAAAUUUGGUCGUUGGUUCUUGAUGAACCAAAGUCGAGUAGUUAUGAUAGAACAACGAGUACUACGAAUGAGAAUUCCAUGAAUACGGCACAGAAUGAUCGGGGGGAUGGUGGGAUGGUGGCAAUCAGGCUAAAUGAGUUAACAUCCCCAUCUCCUCUGUUUCAGUCAAAUAUUCCAAACUACAUAUCAUCAUUAUACAAUGCAAAUCAAAAACCAUUACUCUACAACGAUCAAAUGACUUUCUUCUCUGAAGGAUCAAGCUUCCAAAAGCUGAACCAGGGAUUUCCUAAUAGUAUUAAGGAUCUUGGGCUUCGUGACAGUGAUGAUCUGUGUGACAAUGUUGACAUGGACAAUAUGGCCUUGAGCUUCUACAGUGGUUAUCAGAUGUUUGAGAAUUUGCAAAAUCAACCAAGUUACCAUUAUGAUGAUGGAGGAAUGAGUAGCCUUGUCACCGAGAAAAACUUUUCAGUCACUGAAUCUAAUAGUACCCGUAAUGAAAGUGCUAUAGAGGCAUCAUCAUCAUCAGGACAUCAAGAGUGUAGGGGUUUUCAAUCUUCACAAAUUGGCAUCUGUUCGACUAAUUUGGUGCAGCCUAUUAAUAAUGCAACUGCUAAUUGCAUGCUUAUGCAUCCAAAUUGCACCAGCAAUAAUAUUGGCUUAAGAUUUCCCUGUGGACAACUUCCUUCAACCGUGUCCACUGCAGGUAGAGUGGCUGAUUUUCAAGAUUGUGAAUUAUCCCCCAUAUUUCUUGCUGGCGAUGCACCAUGGGAGUUGAACUUUGAAGGUAAUUGUCAACAAGCAAGAGACAAAGCUAAGAUGAGAUACAAUGAAAAGAAGAAAACAAGAAUGUUUGGUAAACAAAUAAGGUAUGCUUCUCGUAAAGCUAGAGCAGAUACUAGAAAGCGCGUGAAAGGUAGAUUCGUGAAGGCUGGUGAAGCUUAUGAUUAUGACCCUCUUGUAGUAAGGGAUUUCUGAUCUAGAGGUUAUUGGAAUUUCCCAUGGCUUUGAGAAUUCAUGUCCUUGAUAUAAAGAUCUAAUUCAUUUGAAAGGCAGAUGGUGCUCCUAAACCAUGAAGUGGGCUAUAAGGCUAGCAACCAAAGAAUGGCCUCCUUAAAUCAUUCCAUAUGAUUUGUCUCCUACAUAUUGUUGUUCCCUCAGGAUGUACUGGUUGGAAGAUACGUACACUAACAGAAGGAUUUCAUGCUGUUCACAGCAGAAAUUACAUCCAUAUUUCCAUCUGCUCAAAACUCUUGCCACAAGAAUAAAGCAUUGUUGGAGGACAGUUUGCCUAUGUUGUUAUCGACAUAGUGGAAAAUAAGUUUUGUAAUAAGCUUUAAAAUAUUUUUAUCAUUAUGAAAUUUGAAGUUACAAAAGUUGUUGGA